AUGACCUCUGCACCACAGGUUCACGACUCUGCAACUGACAUCCUUGCGUUUCACGAGAGCCAUCAUGAUUUGAUAAAGAGCACACUCGCGCCAGACCUGCAUGGCAACCUUCCGCGCCACCUUCGCAGCGAGAUUCUGCAGACAAACCCGGCACCAUUUCGGCUACCAACUACAGGCGCGCCGCGGUCCUCGCCGUAUCGCACGCCGCAGUGGACUGAGCUCAGCGAGUGCAUUCGUGAAGUGUCGCCAUUUCUCUUCCCAGAUGAGGAUGUCCAUCGCGUCGCCGGAUCCCGAGCAGAGCCGCUUUCUCACUCGCCAUCGACGACGACUUCUUUGCCAGGAUAUGCGGUGGUAAGGCGCCUCGCAGAUCUUUCGCAGGCAUCCGAUGUCGACCCGGCAGCCGUCGAAGCCGCUUUGCGAGAGGCUGAGAGGGUGCUGAAGUCUCCCCCGGACGCCGGCAAAAACCGUGAAUAUGCACACCGCAGCGGUGCGAUGGCUGUCGAACGCUCCACAGACGAGGAGCGCUUACCUCUGAGUCGUGUACGAGCGACAUCGUCGGUCGCGUCAUCCGCCUCUGCCGGGCCUCGCGAAGAGGAUGUUCAAUCACGAUGCCCGUGCCACCCCCACGAGCGCCGGCGGCAUCAGCGCCACCACUGCAAUGGGAGCCGUGCACUUUCACCCGACCACGUCACCGCAGCCUCCGGAUUAGAGGCAGCAUCUUGCUUCCACUGCCCCUCAUCGUGGGGUUGGCCAGCCCCAGCACCCGUCCUUUCCAGAUCGCCGGCGCCUCCGCGUCCCGCUCCCACUGCGACAAAUUCGCCAGGGAACAACCACGGCAGCCCCCAUGUAUCUUCCAGGACAGCGGGCGUUCUUGACCCCACCAUGCGUUGGUAUGACGUGUACUACGUCUGGAUGCUCUACUAUCAGCAGGUGUACGCUGCGCAGGUGCUGCAGGAACGGCAGCGGCAGCGCGCGAAGCGAGGGAGAAGAGAGAAGAGAGAGAGUCACCGCAGCCCUCACGGCAGGCACGCUGCCUCUCGCGCAGCCAGCUCAGGGCCGGAGGCGUCGACAGGAAACCAAGAAGAUGGCACCCACUACGCUCACGUGCCGCGACAGUCUCGCGCCGUGGCACAGGUAGAGCGAUGCGGCGUCCCCGAAGGAGGCAGCCGUGAUAUGGCCGAGGCUUCCGUGUCAACGAGUGCACAGCCGAUUCGCCAUCGUCAUUUCAUUUCUCCACCAAAACCGAGUUUUCACACUUGCGCGUCGCAAACACCACGGGUGCCGGAUGAGAAAAACGCCAAAGGUGCCGACCGGGCGGCGCAUCUCCGCGCGGAGAUGCGCCGCCUCGAGGAGAAGUACGCGGCAUUGUCGUCUUCGCUGGUCGAUGCCGAAGAGGAAGAGGCGCAGCCUCUGACCUGUGCUGAUGGUCGCAUCAGGCACUCUGCUGCUGCCUCUUCUGCCGCAGGCGCAACCAUCGCAAGAGCGCGGCCAGCGUGGUCACCUGCGCCGGCAGAGCCUCGCACGCAGGGGGGUAAGUCGUUGGGCAGCCGCGACGACGCCGACCCAACCUCGCACCGAGGUUCUGUGGCUCCAGCGGAAACGUGGCAGGCUCUCUCGGAGCGUCAGCGCAACGGAACCUUUCACCCGAUGGCGCGCGUCCGCACAAGUCGUGGUUUCUCACCACAGCCUCUCUCACGUCAGCGACCACAGUGGCGACAUUGA